UGCUCCUCCGCCCACGAUUCGAGCGAAGCAGGCUUUGCUUCCAUGUCUGUCGGUGCAAAUCAAGACGGCCUGUCUCCAGGUCCCAUCCUAGCUCAAUCGUCGCCAUAACCCAUAACACCAUAUACGCUUUGUUGUGCUUGGUUUUGUUGUUGUUGUUGCUGCUGCUGCUGCUGGUUUUUUUUUUCUCCGCCGUCUGCCUCCCAACUUCCACCACUGCCCGUGUAUAAACCACCGCUUUCGGUCAUCCAUCCAUCUUCUACCUGUAUCCUAUCAAUUGAUCCUGCUGGCUGCAAACCCCUCUUGGCCCUGCCUUCCUGCCAGCUGGUGCGUCUCUACCGCGGCAACCUGUCUGUCUGUGUCUGUCGAGCCCUGACGGCGUCCUCUCGUUUCUGGCUUGCUCGCCUGCCAUUGCUGUUCUUUUCUGUCAUUCGUUUCACCUACCUACCCACCGCCCUACCGUCUAAUCCACACACUCGUUCCCUCAUCAUUUCACCUCUACCAUUGGCCGCGCCCUCUCUCGUAACCUCGCUGCUUGCCCCGGCCCCGGCCCGCCACCGCCGCACCACCAACCCCCAUCCGCCCACCUCGUCUCCCUCUCUCCCUCUAUACUUUCUUUUGUGCGUUGCCUUCCACCCCAACGCCUGAUCCCCCUCGAGUCGGUCCUUUUUGCCGUACACGAUAAUCCAAUUCGCAUCCCUCAGACCGCGCAGCUGAGCGAAUGCAUCGGGUCUGACCCUGAUACUUAUAGCUCCGUUGGCUCGCGCCCUAACCGUCCGUGUCUCUUCGCGAUGCCAAUGGAAACCAAAGGCACAAACACAAUCUCUUCCCCGGCCGAAUGAGCCCCUCCCGAGCCCUUUCGCUCCCCGACACACACUCCAAACCCAGGCCUCCGCCUCACCAUGCCCGGAAGACCUCCACAUCCCACCCUGCCUAGCGCUCCUUCCCACCUCGAUACCAACAUAACACCCGUAUCAGCAACAACAACAACAACAAUCACCACGCCCACCUCCGCUGUCGAACCGCCCCUCUCCGCUCGAUCGCAAUACCUUCCCUACCGCCCUCCAAACAGCGAUUACACCCCUCCCGCCUCUCCUCAGCCUGUAAACCCAUAUGCUGCAUCUGCCGCACGCAAAGGCUUUGGCUCCGGGAGACUGAAGCAGCCGGCAAAGUUGAAUAUGGAAACCGCCCUACCCCCGGCCUAUGAACGGCCUGUUUACAGCCCAUCUCCCUCCUCUAGUCCACCUUUGCCUCCCCUGCCGUCGCCCAAGUUUGCUCUGAGACAGAGGACGCCUUCGCUUCUCCGCCAUGCUGCUACAUCUUCGCCUCUCAAUAGCGGGUACCCUCGAGCGGAACAAGUCAUGGGCUCUCCUACGUUUGGCCCCAUGCAGAUGCGUCACCCAAGCGGUGCAGGCCCCACCAGCGAUCCACGGGCUAUAUUCAAUGCUCUGGGGAGUAAUCCUGUCAACCGCACCAGCGCAACGUGGGAAUCGACCCCCGAAGACACCCCCGAGCCCCCCAUGCAGGACCAUCAUCACCAGCAAAGAACGCGUGGAAUGACGAGUGCAUCUCAGCGCAAUUACGCUGCUGCCAACCCACACCCGCCGUUGCGUUCAACCACGUCCAUACCCGACUUUGGGCCUGCUCGCUCAGGCGACCGAUCGAACCUUUCGGGAGCAUACCGACCUAAUCGAGGUGGUCCCAAUUGGUCACACAAUGAUCACUAUCCUCCGCGGUACUUUCGAGGCGAAGAGCCUCGAGCGAGUUUCCGCUCCGGCUUCACCAACAACUCCUCGAUUUUCAUGGAAGCAAGUGGCACCGAGCGGAGCAGUAUGGCCACUGGCCGAAGUUCAGUCAGUGAUGCUCCCGAGAGCACGUAUUCGAGGGAUCGAUCCGAAGAGCGGGAUCUGUCCAGCGACACGCUUCCCACUACCGUAUCUCCAGAUGAAGAAGAUGUCAUGAGCACGGUCGAGGAUGUCAUUGAUGCUUAUUUUGAUGAUAUCGACACCGAGGAGCAGCACAAGCGCUACAGCGAUGUGCGUGAUGAUCGCUCAUCCGGUUACUCCCAGGGAGACGAUGCAAGAUAUUAUCAUGCCAUUAGUGCACCAAGUCAAACACAUUUCGGCGGCCAAGAUCCCGACACCCCGGCUCACAGUUUCCAUGAAGAGAACGAUACUGCGGCCGGAGACACGCCCACCUCACCCCUUGGAGCCACAGGACAUUGAU